AUGCGUCCGACACGCUUGAAAUUCAAAGACUUAAAGUCCAGAAACAUUCUCUGUGCUGUAACACGCGUCGCCCGGAAGCUCGAGAAGAGACACCAGCCCAGUGAGCUUGAAGUCAUGCUCCCUGCAAAAGUUCAGUCCGAGGUUCGCAACUUCCUCACGACCACCAAGGCGAUGCUUGGCCUGACCACCACGGUCAAGACAGCCUUCUCCGUGGGCUUCAAGUUCACCGACGACGACUCUGUCCCUGACGAGGAGGCCAGUAACCUCUCCGAGUCCCUGUGGCUGCAGGGCACAUACAGCGUCGACAGCAUCCGAAUCCAGGGCUUCGUGACCCAGCUCUACGGAUCAGCCAGGACCUGUCGUUCGUCCUACGUCCAGGCGGAUAAGGACUAUGAGAUGGAGAACCAAGAGUUCUUCAAGGCCGUUUCGGAUGAUAUUUGGGCCAAGGGCAUCACCUGUAAGGCGCUCCACGAGCUCUUUAUCAGAGGCCGCAAGGCGUAUCUCCGCGAUCUGGUCGAGAGUGAAAAGAUGAAGGAGGGUGUCUACACCAAGAAGAUGAAGGAGCUCAUCGGAGCUGUUGAGUACUGGAUGAGAUUCUUCGAGCAGGAUGAUGAGGCCUGCCGGGGUGUUACGGAUGACAAUGAGAUGUUCACUGUCUUCAAUGAGGUUGCUCUCUAA